AUGGGCGAGUCCGAUGGGCCCUGGCCUCGGGCUGGCUGCCUCCGACGACUGGGCCAGGAGCCGGCCUGGCUAACGCGGGGUACAACCACCACCGUGGUCAUCAUCUGCCAGUCUGCCACCACCGACGGGGCACUUCAAUCUGGAGCGGGCUGCCAUUGGCGAGCAGGCGUACAGGCACCGCCGUGGGCCAAGGAGCGGAGGCGCUGCCUCUGGUCAGAUCGUGUGCAGUCUCCGCAAUCACACCGGGUGCGCGGGCAACUGCCGAUUUCGGCCUUGGUCGUGGCUGCGGCUGCGUUCGCGUUGCUGCCUGAGGCCGACGAGCACGCGGCCACAUACGGGCACACAACUGCCACUAACCGUUGCCACUCCGUCGCCACGACACGGCGGCGUCCAUUACCGUAG